UUUAUUCUUUUAGGGUGUAGAAACUACUUUACCUUCGCCGGUGCUUCUGCGAAGGAGUGACCGACAAUGGCUUUUGAAACGGAAGAGAAACGCUUGGCCGCGAGGUUCUUAGCGACGUGCUUGAUCGGAGGCGUAUUGGUGGGAGUGUCACUGUAUGGGUUAUACUCUGGCGGAGUAUUGCUGCCGCAGAAUCUUUCUCCCCUGGGAGUAUGGAAGAGGAGGAGGAAAAAACCUAUUCGCGUAUACAUGGAUGGCUGUUUUGAUAUGAUGCAUUAUGGCCAUUGCAACGCCUUGCGUCAAGCGCGUGCCCUCGGUGACCAGCUGGUCGUUGGUGUUGUCAGCGACGCCGAAAUUAUCGCCAACAAAGGUCCUCCUGUGACUCCUCUGAAUGAGAGGUUGCUUAUGGUUAAGGCUGUUAAAUGGGUUGACGAGGUUAUUCCUGAUGCACCUUAUGCUAUAACUGAAGAAUUCAUGAAAAAGCUUUUUGAUGAAUACAAUAUCGAUUACAUUAUCCAUGGAGAUGAUCCUUGUGUUCUGCCUGAUGGAACUGAUGCAUACAUCCUUGCUAAAAAGGCUGGCCGAUAUAAACAAAUAAAGCGCACAGAAGGAGUCUCAAGCACAGAUAUUGUUGGUCGAAUGCUUCUCUGUGUAAGAGAAAGGUCUGUUAGUGAUAGUCAUAGUCAUUCUUCUUUACAAAGACAGUUCAGCCAUGGUCAUAGCCACAAGGUAGAAGAUGGUGUAUCUGCAAGUGCAACUCGUAUAUCUCAUUUUCUUCCCACAUCUCGGAGAAUUGUCCAGUUCUCAAAUGGAAGGGGUCCAGGUCCUGAUGCUCGCAUAGUUUAUAUGGAUGGUGCUUUUGAUCUCUUCCAUGCUGGACAUGUGGAGAUCUUGAGGCUAGCACGGAAGCUUGGAGACUUUCUUCUUGUUGGAAUUCACACUGAUCAGACUGUCGGUGCAACUAGAGGAGCGCAUCGUCCUAUUAUGAAUCUUCAUGAGAGAAGUCUAAGCGUUUUAGCAUGCCGCUAUGUGGAUGAGGUUAUAAUUGGAGCACCAUGGGAGGUGUCGAAGGAUAUGAUCACAACAUUUAACAUCUCAUUAGUUGUCCAUGGAACUGUAGCAGAAAAUAAUGAUUUUCAGAAGGAAAAUAGCAAUCCAUAUGCUGUUCCCAUCAGCAUGGGCAUCUUCCAAAUCUUAGAAAGUCCUCUAGAUGUCACAACAACUACAAUAAUUAGAAGGAUUGUAUCAAAUCAUGAGGCAUACCAGAAACGCAAUGAGAAGAAGGGAGAGAGUGAGAAAAGAUACUACGAGGAUAAGACAUACGUGUCUGGAGACUGAUUCAUGUAUCGUUCUUUACCUGCUGUGAAGGAUGCACGUUCUGGUUGUUCUCUCUUUUUUUCGCCCCUCUCCCUCUUAACCAUAUUAAAUUACAAUUGGUUAUGCGCAAAAGAUUAUGUUUGUCUUUACAAGUCAGGACCUUGAGGUUGCUGUUUCUUUUGCUUUUUGGCUAUAAUGUUAUUGCUAUUACUUUUGUUUUAGGCUAUGAUGUGAUUAUUGUAUUACUGUGAUUGGAGAACAUUAGGUAAUUUCGAUCAGAUUCUAGAUACUCUUGAUUUCCCCCGCUUACUCAUUUAUUUUAUUAUUUUUGUAAGAAUCAUAAUGCUCCUUUUGGGCCAUCAAGGUUGAUGCUUGUGAACAUACACAGAUCUCA